GCCCCUGCCGCCCUGCCCGCCCGCUCGCUGCCGCCUGGGGAAAGGCCGCGGUCAGCCCUGGCCUGCGAGGAGUAACCUCCUUCCUCGUGUUCUCCUGGCGCUGGCGUAGUACUGGGGCUUAUGUCGGGGAGAGGGGGAGAUGCCUGUCUAACCUCUGUGUGAUGUUAUUUCGAUCCUGCUUUUGUUCUUCUCCUUCCCACGGCUGAAUAUUUACCAGAAAUCACCAAUGACUCAGUUUGUCCUGUAGAUGCCAAGGAAGAACUCUUGAAUGAAUGUGAGAGUAUUUGGCAGAAGAUGGAAGAGUGCCAGAGCAAGCUAAAGGUACAAGGAGGAAAAACACUGCCAAAAUUAGAUACCACGCUUUCCUUGUUAAUAACGCGAGUGAAAGCUUUACAAGCGGAAUACAAUCAAUGGCAAAAAAGAACUCCUGAAAUAAUUUCUAACAAUCCAGAUGUACUGUUAGCAUUAGGAAAAGAAGAGUUGCAGAAAACAAAGAAUGAUCUUGAAAUGGUGCUGGCAACAGUUCAGUCAAAGAAUGAACAACUGGAAGAAGAUCUGAAAAGGUUUCAAAGAGAACAGCAGUGGCAGGAGGAACAGGAGCAGGUAGUAGCUGCUCUUAGUAGAAUUGAAGAAGAGAUGAAAACCCAAACUGAACAACUUUCCAGAAAAAGAGCACUUCAACAACUGCAAAAUAAAAUGUCGAAAGUAAAGUCGUAUAAGGAAGGACUCUCGAAUGCUCUGGGUGAAUUCCUAGGAGAACAUUUUCCCAUUCCAGAGAACGGUGGAAGUACUAAAAAGAAGAAGUCUUUUGAAAAGCCAGCUGUAGAACUGAUAACACUGCAUGAAAUUUUAGAGAUUCUUAUACACAAAUUAAUGAACACACCACAUGACCCUUAUGUAACAAUCAAUGACUCAUUUUGGCCACCUUAUAUUGAGCUGCUGCUGCGAUAUGGAAUUGCCCUGAGACAUCCAGAAGAUCCAAACAGAAUGCGCCUAGAAGCCUUUCACAUGUAGCGUGACCUAUGUGUUUAUUUUAAACCAGUACUCUGACUAGAGGGCUAAGACAUACUGAAGUUCUAUGAUAAGCUUUUUUGUAUCAGCAACCUCUUCUUCUUGUACGACUUGAUUAUUUUUUUUGUUUUAAUAAAGUUUAUAUUUUGUCAGAGGGUGAAAUACGAAGACAAACAUUUUUACUUUUAACUGCUCAGUUACAGUUGGCUUUGUUUUAUGGCAAGCGAUGCCAAGAUUUGCAGUGUGGAGGGUUUUUUCAGCUCCUUUAAUAAGAUGCAAAUUCAGGUGACAUUUAACAGUCCUUUUUACUUUAAAAAAAAAUCAUACGUUAUUCAUUACUUUUCUCAUAUGUUCCUUUCUUAGAUUGCUUUAACUCUUCUCCAUUUCCUUUAGUAUUUUUUUUGUACUCUGUAGAGGCAAAAUUUGUAAUAACUCAGCUCCUGCUGUACAUGGCCUUGUGAACAUUUUGAACUAACAGUAAAGUGUCAUCUCGAGAA